AACCAAGGUUUACUCCUGCAUUCCUCGUCCUAAAAAAGCAAACCUCGUUGCAGCUUAAAUCUUGCAUGUACCCAAAGAACGUCAAUAUAGAUAAAUGGAAGCCAUGAAGAACAACAUUUUCUUGCCUCUUUGCCUCUCACUUCUCCUCGUCCUAGUAAUCCCUAGUGCUAGUCAACGAUAUGCUUGCAACAAGAGCGACUCUAAAACUAGCCAAUUUCCCUUUUGUAGCAGUUCCCUAUCUUACGAGGACCGGGCCAAGGACCUUGUGUCGCGCUUGACCAUCCGAGAAAAGGUGCAGCAAUUAGUAAACAGUGCCACUGGCAUUCCUCGGCUUGGCGUGCCACCGUAUGAAUGGUGGUCCGAGGCCCUUCAUGGUGUCUCAAACGUCGGGCCUGGGACUCGUUUUAAUGCAACCGUCCCAGGUGCCACUAGCUUUCCAGCAGUCAUUCUCUCUGCAGCGAGCUUUAAUGCAACAUUGUGGUAUAAGAUGGGGCAAACCGUGUCAACCGAGGCUCGAGCCAUGUACAACGUGGGUCUAGCCGGGUUGACAUAUUGGAGUCCUAAUGUAAAUGUGUUCCGUGACCCAAGAUGGGGGCGUGGCCAAGAAACCCCUGGUGAGGACCCUUUGGUGGUGUCAAGAUAUGCUGUGAAUUAUGUACGAGGUUUACAAGAAGUGGGUGAGGAAGGAAGUACUUCUGGUAGGGAUAGGCUCAAGGUCUCAAGUUGUUGCAAGCAUUACACUGCUUAUGAUGUGGAUAAAUGGAAAGACGUUGAUAGGUUUCACUUUGAUGCAAAGGUCACAAAGCAGGAUCUUGAAGACACCUACCAGCCACCAUUCAAGAGCUGUGUAGAGGAGGGACAUGUAAGCAGCGUAAUGUGUUCCUAUAACAGGGUGAAUGGGAUUCCUACCUGUGCUGAUCCAGACCUCCUUAGAGGGAUUGUCAGAGGCCAAUGGGGUCUAGAUGGAUACAUUGUUUCCGACUGCGACUCUAUCGAGGUUUAUUACAAUUCCAUCCAUUACACUGCAACACCUGAGGAUGCAGUGGCCCUUGCCUUGAAAGCAGGUUUAAACAUGAAUUGUGGGUCUUAUCUUGGAAAGUACACAGAGAACGCGGUUAACUUGAAAAAAGUGAAUGAAUCUGUUGUAGACCAGGCCUUGAUAUACAACUACAUAGUCUUGAUGAGACUUGGCUUCUUCGAUGGGAACCCAAAAUCUCUACCAUUUGGCAGUCUUGGGCCAUCGGAUGUAUGUACAAGCGACAAUCAGCAAUUGGCACUUGAUGCUGCAAAACAGGGGAUAGUAUUGCUAGACAAUAAUGGAGCUCUUCCUCUGUCCAAAAAUAAAAUUAAGAAACUGACUGCUAUAGGACCCAAUGCCAAUGCCACGAGGGUUAUGAUAAGCAACUAUGCCGGUGAACCUUGCCGCUAUACUAGCCCUUUACAGGGGCUACAAAAAUAUGUCUCAGCUCUGAGUUAUGAGCCAGGCUGUAGCAAUGUGAAAUGUGGUGAUGAGAGCCUUAUUGAGGCGGCAGCUAAGGCUGCAGCCGCCGCUGAUGUGGUUGUGGUGGUGGUGGGGCUUGAUCAAUCUAUUGAGGCAGAGGGGCUGGACAGAGACAACUUGACAUUGCCAGGAUUCCAAGAAAAGCUUGUGACUGAAGUGGCUAAAGCCACUGUUGGAACAGUGAUUCUCGUUGUCAUGUCGGCUGGUCCAGUUGACGUUUCUUUUGCCAAUAAUAUGAGUAGGAUUGGGGGGAUUCUUUGGGUAGGAUAUCCAGGUCAAGCAGGAGGGGAUGCCAUAGCGCAAGUGAUUUUUGGAGACUACAAUCCAGGUGGAAGGUCCCCUUUUACAUGGUACCCACAAGCAUAUGCAGAUCAAGUGCCGAUGACAGACAUGAACAUGAGAGCCAACACGACAAGUAACUUCUCCGGAAGAACAUACCGAUUUUAUACAGGGAAACCUAUCUAUGGAUUUGGUCAUGGCCUAAGCUACUCAACCUUUUCCAAAUUCAUAAUAUGCCCCUCCACCGUAAUUGUCCAAGCAACCCCCCCAUCCAACCCACAUAUUAGUCUUUAUUCCAAGUACACCCCAAAUACCAUUUCCAAUGGCUCGGCAAUCGACAUUUCAACCAUAGACUGCCAGAAUUCAACAUUUGAUGUUGUUGUUGGAGUGAAGAACAAUGGAACAAGUGAUGGUUCCCACGUGGUAUUGGUGUUCUGGAAGCCAGCCAGCUCGGAGGAGGUGAUGGGAUCACCAAAUGUACAAUUGGUGGGGUUUGAGAGGGUGAAGGUUAAGAGAGGGAAGACAGAGUCUGUUACAGUUAGUGUGGAUGUGUGCAAAGGACUGAGUCUUGUAGACAGUGAAGGGAAGAGGAAGUUGAUCAUUGGACAGCAUACCAUUUUUGUUGGUUCCUCUAGUGACCACCAAGUGAGGCACCAGUUCAAUGUUCGCCUGGCUGGGAGUGGAGAUGUAGCCAUACAGGCUUUCUAAAUAUGUACUAAAGCGGAAGUGGUGGCCGUGGCCGUGGCCGUGGCGGUGGCAGCAGCUACUAUUACGAAGCUUACUUGGUAAUAUCUAGUUAUAGUAGUGGAACCUGUCUGUACUUUGCCCCUUGUGAGGCAUUAUUUUGAAUGGUAGCAUAAGAGAAGACGCAGGUUUUUUAUUUAUGAAAUUCUAUUAGCUUUUUA